GUUCAUGGAGUUUGAGGCUGAGGAGGAGAUGCAGAAUAAUAACACACAGCUGGUGAAUGGGUCCCAGGGUUUGCCUCCUGCAGCCCCUCUGAAAGUUGAUCCUCCAGCGCUCCAGGCCCCUGAGGUUUGCCAGCAACCAGUGUAUAUUCCCAAGAAGGCAGCCUCCAAGUCACGGACCCCCCGCCGGCGGCAGCGCAAAACCCAGAAGCCUCCAGUUCCCGAGGCACCCAAGGAAAUCCCACCAGAAGCUGUGAAAGAGUAUGCUGACAUCAUGGAAGGGCUGGUGGGGAACCACUUGGCCACUGGGGAGUCGGAUGGAAGACCGGAAGAGGAUGAGCAGCCGCAGGAGGAGGAAGGGCUGUAUCCAGAUCCAGAUCUCCUGAGCUACAUCGAGGAGCUGUGUUCGCAGGAGGACUUUGUCUCCAAGGUGGAGGCCAUCAUUCACCCCCAAUUUAUGGCAGAUAUACUGUCCCCAGAAGAAGAGAGGGACCCCUUGGCUUUAAUGGAGGAGCUGGAGCAACAAGAAGGAUUCAGUCUUUCCCAGCUGGUUCAGAGGAGACUCCUGGCCCUGGAGGAGGAAGAGGAUGCAGAGGCAGCUCCAGGUUGCACUGGAGCUCAAUUGGACUCAAGUGCUUCUGUUUCUGAUGAGGAUGAAGAUGGGGGUGGACGGCUUCGGCCUUCACCUGGGCAUAGGGUGGCUGGGGGCACUGUUUGCCUUGGGAAAUCUGCUUCUCCAGGAAAGCAAGCGAGGGAAGUGCAUAGUGGGCAGGAACAGGCCCUAGAUGGCCCAAGGGGCAUGUGCAGGGAUGGGAACACCCUGGCAUCUCCCAGCAGCUGGGACUUGCCCAUAGAACUUGCAUCUCCACAGGGAACUCAAGGGUCCUUAGGUACAGAGAGAAGAGGACCUGGAAAGGUGGCAAACCAAAUAUCCCCACACCCAGGUGACCACGUGGGAGGUGCUGGGUUCCCUGGGCACUCCCUGGUGGCUGACGGGCCUUCUGAGGCUCUGUCCCUUUGCUGGCAGGAAGAUCUCCAGCUCGAGAUAGUUCCCGGUUUGGAAGCUGCGCUCGCAGAACCAGAGCUGGCUCCUCUGCAAGAACCCGGGCUACAGACAGGGGGUGUUGGAGUGCUGCAUCAAGGGCAGGAGCUGCUAGCAGAGCCCCAGGAAGGCUGCUCAGGAGUCAUGUGGGGAGGUGACAGAAGUCCUUUUGUGCUUCAGAGCUUUGACCAGAGCUUUUCCCCUAGAGCGGUUGAGGACAAGGACGAGGAUGGGGUCUCGUUCAGUCCAGGGCUUUGGCUCAGCAGUGAGAUGGAUGAAGUAGGCUUAGAGUUGCCCUUACCGAUCGAGGUCACAGAGAACUUCCAGGAUGAUGGGGAAUAUGUACCUGAGCAUCAGGGAGGCUGCCAGGCACUGGGUCCAAGAGAAACCAUAGCACCUGGGGCUCUGGGGAGCAGUCCAAUUCUCUGUGGAGGCACAGAUGCCACAGCUGCCCUAGGAAAGAGGAACUAUAGCCUAGCCUUGAGGCCUAAAGAAAAUAGAGAACAGAGUCCUGAGACUAUACAGGAUCCCAGUGAUCUGUGGGCUCAAGACUGCCUUGCAUUCCUAGAAGGCUGUAUUGAUGCCUCCACACUGAUUUCCAAAGAAAUCCUCCUGCCUGCUUGUCAAGGCAAUGUCAUUAUCCUGGGGACCCAGGAUGCCUCCACCUUCCCUGAGGCCAGCCAAGAGGCAGGGAACAGAGGCAGUUCCAUUUCUCUGUUGGAAACCGCAGUUGACAGCAAUAUACUAGAUGUUAGAGAAGCCUGCGGCCUCCCGUUAGGGGUCAGUGAGGAUACCGGCCCGCUACAUUUUAGUUAUCACCCCUCAGGAGAGGGCAGGGAGGACACUGAUUUGUUGAAUUCAAAAGACCUUGCUCCCUUCCUAGGGAAUCAAGAGUCUUAUGCACAUGGGACUCCCAAGGCAACAUCUUGCCGGGGCCUUUCGAGAACUUCCCCUCGAUGGGGAGCCAGGGGUGCCUCAGUUCUGAAAGAAGCCUCUCCUGUUAGAGGAGCAUGCAGUCCAGCAGGUGGGGCCAAAGGAAAGGAAGAGGAGGAGGAGGAGGUGGAGGAAGAGGAGGAGGAGGAGGAGGAGGAGGAGGAAGAUGAGGAACUCUCUGGCUUUGCCUACCUCUUGGCCUCUAAACUAAGCCUGUCACCAAGGCGUCCUCCUCUUGGUCCUCACCCUGCUCCAGGCCUGUCCUCCACGGGAGGUCAGGGGCUCCAGAGAGCAUCCUGCUCCCUCUCUGCGGAGGCAAACGGCCCUGGCCAGCCUCCAUAUCCUGUUGCUAAGUCUAGGAAGCGAGCUCUAGUUGCAGGUCCAGUACCUACUGGAAAGAGGCCCUACCUGGGAGCAGAACUUGCGGUCUCUGGGGAGAAACCCCUGGCUCUACCCUCGCAGCCUCGUAAAAGAAGGCGCGACGGUUUGGGCUCAGGCAGAAGGAAGAAACGCCGCCGUUGCCAGUAA